UUGCUAAGCAACUUAUGCUUUUGACUUUACGUUGCUCUUGAAAGGUUUAAGUUGCGCAUAGACCCGCAUCCGAAAAUGGCAUUAUCUUGAUUCCUCUUGACGGCGCCAUGUUCUCGCUGUUCUGGGGGCUGUGGAACUAUUUAUUCAGCAAAGCGGAGCUGCACCUGCUCAUCGUAGGACUCGACGAUGCAGGCAAAACGACGCUAUUGGAACAGCUUAAAGGCAUUUUCGGCAAGAAGCCAGGCAUUCCGCUGGACAAGAUCCCGCCCACAGUGGGUCUUAACAUCGCUAGAGUUGAUAUCCGACGGUCGAGGGUCAUUUUCUGGGACCUUGGAGGACAGGAGCGACUUCGUGCGAUCUGGAACAAAUAUUACAGCGAGAGUCAUGGCAUCGUAUUCGUGAUCGACUCGGCCAAUGAGGGACGGUUUCGGGAAGCCAAGGAGACAUUGCACGCAAUGCUGUCGAAUUCGGAGCUGUCGGGGGUGCCGUUGCUAGUGCUUGCCAACAAGAUGGACUUGGAUAACGCACGAACUGUGAACCACAUUUCUGGCAUGUUGGACUUGGAAGGACAUCAAGGCGCGGUUGCAAGCUACCCCAUCUGUGCAUUGACAAGGUCAGUUCAGCUGUAUCAAGCCGCUUUAGACUUUUACUGUCUUUGACGUGGUUACUAUCGAUGCAGCGAGGGCAUCGAAGGCGCGAUGAAUUGGCUGGUGGACGCUGUAAAAGCCAGCGAUCGAUAUUACGAGAAGGCAGCCGCUGGCAGCACGUGAGUUAGUGUACACAGCAUUAUAGAUGUAGUGCCGCUGACAUGCUCUCAGCAGCACACAAGCUUCAAUUAGGACAGCGGGCCCAUGCUCAUUUCUCAUCAAAUACAGAUAUUCCGCCCACCGCACGCUUGGCAUCGUA